AUGCCCCGGACCCGCAAUUGUUUCUACAACACCCUUGCCACCCUUGCCACCGUUGCGUCUACCUAUGACCUAGACCUCGGUUCUCCGGGAUUAUCAACAUGUCGCUCAGGGCGGCUCCGCCGACUUGGGUUUAGCUAUGAGAGGACAGUCCCGCAUCUCCAAGUCGAGUCCCAGGCUGCGAGGAAUAUUUUGCAUCGGCUAUGGGCAACGCGGGAUGCUGUACCAAAUGAAUCCCCCGGGUACGAUGGAUUCAUCUCGUGCGUGAAUGGAUAA